GGCUUAUCGAAGAAAUAAUUCUUUUAAAAAUUUCUUGUCGCAGAGAACUCAAGUCCCUGCCAUUUUGAAUGUGGGACACACUCAUGAUAACAUUAUCAAUCUUUUCUGUGCUGUGUUUAAUUCAGACGAGGUAAUCGUUUGGGAACGUCAUGGCGAUCCAGAAGAAACAUGGCAAAGGCCGUUUGGAUAAAUGGUAUAAAUUGGCCAAAGAGAAAGGCUACCGAGCUCGUGCCGCCUUCAAGUUGAUCCAGCUAAAUAAGAAGUUCGGCUUCCUCGAGAAAAGCAAGGUCCUUCUCGAUCUUUGCGCCGCUCCUGGAUCAUGGUGUCAAGUCGCCGCAGAGGCCAUGCCGGCCAACAGUCUUAUUGUCGGAGUCGAUCUUUCCCCGAUCAAACCUAUUCCCAAGGUCAUCACCUUCCAGAGCGAUAUCACUACCGAUAAGUGUCGUGCGACAAUUAGGCAGCACCUUAAGACCUGGAAGGCCGAUACCGUGCUUCACGAUGGUGCUCCCAACGUUGGUACAGCUUGGGUUCAGGACUCUUUCAACCAAGCUGAAUUGGCGCUCCAAUCUAUGAAACUAGCAACGGAAUUCUUGGUGGAGGGUGGCACAUUUGUUACUAAGGUGUUUCGUUCGAAAGAGUACAACAAGCUCCUCUGGGUUUUCAACCAGUUAUUCACCAAGGUUGAGUCGACAAAGCCCCCUUCGUCGCGAAACGUCUCUGCCGAAAUCUUCGUUGUAUGCCGUGGUUAUAAGGCCCCUAAACAUCUUGAUCCCAAGUUCCUUGACCCGCGAUCUGUGUUUGCCGAACUCGCAGAACAGGCCCCAAAUAAUGAAGCGAAAGUCUACAAGCCGGAGCAGAAAAAGCGAAAGAGAGGAGGUUAUGAGGAGGAUGAAUACAUGCAGUUUAAAGAGCUGCCCGCAAGCCAAUUUGUCGAGACUGCUGACCCUAUAGCAAUCCUUGGCGGCUAUAACAAACUCUCCUUUGAGCAGCCGCGCAAUGGGGAUGUGGCACUUGCGGCGCUAGACAAGAUGCCGGAGACAAAUGAAGAGAUUAGGAUAUGCUGCGCCGACUUAAAGGUACUGGGUCGCAGGGAAUUCAAGCUUCUAUUGAAAUGGAGAUUGCAUGCGCGUGAGGCCUUCGGACUGCCUACCAAGAAGACUACCAAAGCUGCCGAGGCCGAGGAAGUCGGAGAAGUUGCAGAAGUCGAAUCUAUGGACGAGGAACUCAAAAUCCAGGAAGAACUGCAAGCACUGAAAGACAAAGACAGUUCUAAGAAGAAGCGUGAGCGACGAAAAGACAACGAAAAAAAGCAAAAGGAGAUCAUACGGAUGCAAUUGCAAAUGGUAGCUCCCAUGGAUAUCGGUAUGGAGCAAGCCGGCCCUGCUGGCUACGACUCUAUGUUUGCUCUUAAGCCGAUUGACAAGCAUGGUGCUGCCAAUAAGAUUGCUAAGGGAAAGAUGGCUGUUUUCAACGAGAAAAAGGUCAAAAAGGAUCAAGACAGUGGUAUCGGAUCGUCAGGUGAAACGGACGGCGAGUCAGAUGAUGAGGAAGACCGUCUCGACCGUGAGCUUGAUGGCUUGUACGAACAGUAUCGGGAACGAAAAUCAAUAUCGGACGCGAAGUUCCGGGCGAAGAAAGCCAGGCAAGAGCACGAAGAUGGCGAAUGGGAAGGCUUAUCAGCCGAUGAGCAGCAGUCUAGUGAUGAGGAAGAACUAGAAGCGGAUAGUGAUAGUAGCGAUGACUCCGACGAUGAAUCAGUUUCCUCUAAACCCCUAAUCACUGAUUUGGAUACUGGGCCAACAGCACCUGGCGGCCUUUCCAAAAGAGCCGCAAAUUUCUUUAGUCAGGACAUAUUCAAGGAUAUCACGGGAAUUGUCGAUGAGCCUCAACCCGACGCGGAUGUGGUAAUGGAGGACGUUGACGACGCCAUACCCGCAAGGGUGACCACAAAGGCUAAGAGGGAAAAGGCCAAUGCAGCUGAGGACGAGAUGUCGUUUGGAUCUGAUGACGACACUCGAAACGGCUUCGAGGUCGUGAAACAAGACCAAGACGACGACUGGGAAGAUAAAGACAAGCGCCUACCUGAUGGAAGACUUGACAUCGACAUCAUCACCGCCGAAGCCAUGACUCUCGCGCAUCAGCUAGCCACAGGCCAAAGGACCAACUACGACGUUGUAGACGACGGCUUCAACAAGCACGCGUUCCGGGACCGCGACGGCCUCCCCGACUGGUUCCUCGACGACGAGGGCAAGCACGACAAGCCACAAAAGCCCAUCACUAAAGCCGCCGCCGCCGCCAUCAUCGAAAAAACGCGCGCCCUCAACGCGCGGCCCAUCAAGAAGGUGCGCGAGGCCAAGGCCCGCAAGAAGUUUAAGGCCGCCCAGCGCCUCGAGAAGCUCAAGAAGAAGUCAGACCUCCUCGCCAACGAAGAGGGCAUGACCGAGAAGGAGAAGGCGUCCAGCAUCAGCAAGCUCAUCUCCAAGGCGUCCAAGGCAAAGCCCAGACAGCCUGCUAAGCUGGUCGUGGCUAGGGGCUUGAAUAAGGGUAUUAAGGGACGUCCGAAGGGUGUUAAGGGCAGGUAUAAGAUUGUCGAUCCCAGGAUGAAGAAGGAGCUCAGGGCGCAGAAGAGAGUUGCUAAGAGGAAGUAGAUGGGUUUUUAUUGUGUAGGGAGAUAUGGAUGAUGGAUGAUGGAUGGAUUGAUACCCUCCUAUGUAUUACGUACCUUCUUAUCCAUAUUAGUAUAUCUAUGCAAAGCUGUUUUGGCUA